CACGUUGCAAUGACUUGUGGGUAAUUCCCUUGGGAAAAGAUUCCUAGGGUUUAAAAAGUCAACCUGGUAGAGAACCUUCACACUGCAGGGUGCAGCAGGUAGAAACACUGCACUCUUUAUUCAUACUUCUUUCUCUUUGACAUCUCAACUUGUACAAAACAACCAUUUAAAAGUUUUGGGAACAUUUUGGUGUUUAAUAAAUGAAAGAUAUUCCAGUAAAUCACAAGUAUUGUUAAUAACUACACACACAUGUAGUAUUUAUACAUAAAGUACUGCACACGUAAAGUACUCUCUUACCAUAAGCUCCUGCUGAGCUCCAGUAAACCGAUUAACUUCUUUUCCUUUUGAACACAAGCAGAACCAGAGAGGAGGAAACCUGGAGAACAUCACCUAGCGAGGCAGAAGAAGAAGAAGAAGAAGCUUCGUUUUCCAUCGGGAGUCUCACAGUGGAGACAUCUGGGGACACAUCUGGAUCUCAGAUAAUCGUCAUCUUCAUCCUCCCUGCUGUGCUGGAGCGUCGUCGUGUUUUAGCCUCAAUACAAUUUAGCCCAGCUUAAACUAAGCUAGGCUAAUAAGACCGACUAAAUUUAAGCUAACAUUUAACCUUAAUAUAUAUAACUAACCUGAAUUUAAGUUUAAAACAUUGUGCCGGAGUCUGAAGAAUAUCGCUAAGUCGAAGCUUAGCUUAGCAUCAGUAGCUAUCGGAGUAUAGAAAGCUUGCAGCAAGCACCACAAACCUCACGAUGGAUUCAGAAGAGGAAGACAACGUGUUUUCCAUCCAGAGUCCUCUGAGAGUAGAAGAAGAAGAGGAGGUGGAGGAAGAGGAAGAUGAAGAGGAAGACGGACGCAUCUUCAACACCUGGAUGCGGCGCUGCAGGGGGGCGGGGCCGAAUGAAGCAGGUGAGGAGGAGCAGAAGGAGGAAAAGGAGGAGGAGAUGGAUGCAAGAAGACCUGAGAGCAAUUUGGAUCCGCCAAUCAGAAUGAGGACGGAGCGGCGAGCGUCUCUACCGAGUCCCGCCGCUCUGUCCUCCAUGCACCUGUCUCGCCUACUCUCCUCCACACCAGCUCCGGUGACAGCGAGGGUUCUUCUGCGCCGCUCGUCCUCCCGUCGCCUCCUUGCGUCGCCGCAGGAGGCCGACGGCCCUGCCGCCCCCGAGGGGCGACCCGCCCUCAUACCCACAAUCCCAGAGGCCUCGCCGAAUGAGAGGCGGGGCUUCAGGAGACGCAACGUCAUGUCACUGAGUGACGCCUACAGUGUUUGUCUCAUCUGUCACAACGAGUUGAGUCGAGGAGUCGGAGGAACGAGAGAGCUGCAGUGCUCACACACCUUCCACAGAGAGUGUUUAGAGGAGUGGCUCUGGAGGAAACACUUGUGUCCUACAUGUCAUGUCCGGGUGUCCGUCCCUCAGCCAGCCCACUGGAGCUCCACCCGGGUCAACGUCCCCUGAGACCCCCGGGAGAGACGGCUGUGUCAUUGAGCGUCGCCCACUGGGAUGUGAUGUCCACUGGGUCUUCAGACUGCCUUUGUGAUGAUGUCAUCAGAUGGAGACAAACCAUCUCUCUGAUCGAAUUAAUGUUGUAGCCUGAGUUGAACAUUAUAGAAAUUACAUUAUAUAAACUGAGAAUUAUACAUCCUGCAACUAUGGCAACCAUGUACCAUGUGUGCGUGUGUGCGUGUGUGCGUGUGUGUGCGCGC